AUGAGCUAUGGAUUCAUAAUCUGGUUUGUAUGUAUUACAGUCGUUCAAUGUCUAUACGAAGAGAUACUUAAUCGAGAAAUAAUAUGGCCAAAGCCAAAGUCAAGUAGGUAUGGAACAGACGAUGUUACUGUAACCAAAGGACAUUUGAAAAUCAAUUUAGAUGGCGUAGAAGAUUGUCCACGUUUAAUAGAAGCCAAGAAAAAUUAUGGUAAGAGGCAUACGUUUUAAAAAGGCAAGCUAAUAUUGCAGUAUAUUGGGUAACAGGUCUAUAGUAACAUGGAAACGUCUAGAAUAACAUGGAUAAGAUUAGAAAAAAGCUUGCAAAUGGUUGUUUUGACAAUUUUUAUUACGUUGCAAAGCUCAAACACAAGUAUUAUUGCCUUUUUUAUAGGAAUAGUAUUUUAAAAUGACACUUUUUCAGAAAACGACUGGUUUUUCCCAAAAGAAUUGGCAGAUUCAAGUAGUCCUGGACAGUUGACAGAACUAAAACUGAUCAAAUCAGACGACUUUCAAUGUCCUCAAGGAUAUUCGUACCCGAAAAUUACCAAAGAUGAGAGUUGUAAGUUUAGAAAUGUAGUGAAGAAUAGAGUAGGGUAUGGUGGGUUAAAAGAAGUAAGGUAGAGUGAGCAAGUGGUGUAUGGUAAGACAGGAUAGAUUAAGGUAGGAGAGGGUAAUGUAGGGCGGUGAAAGGUAUUGUUGGGUAGGUUAGGGUAGGGUAGUGAUGGUAGCUUUAUAGGGUAGGGUUCUAAGGGCGGGGUAUUGUAGGGUAGAGCGCGACCGGACAUUUCUUAGGGGGGGGGGAGGGAGUUUGAAAAAUUUUGUAGGGAGGGUAUGGUAUUGUUGGGUAGGCUAAGGUUGGGUAAGGAAAAGAACGGUAGGGUAUUGCAAAGUGGGGGCGGAGUUGGAAAUUCUACAAAUCCUAAAAAUUAUCAAAAUUCCAGACCAGCUGACUGUAAAUGGCACAAAUGCGAUCCUGUCAAGUGGUUCUGUUUGGGGUUUUCUACGCGGAGUCGAGUCUUUCUCUCAGCUGAUUACAUACAAACGACCCAGAUCACUAACUGAACCUGUCAUCUUUACCAUUAGAAGUACGGCCAUUGAAGAUGAGCCGGCUUACCCAGUCCGAGGGCUUAUGCUCGACACUGGGCGACAUUUCCUACCGGUCGAUGUGAUCUUACGCCAAAUUGUGAGUUAUAUUGCUGGGUUUUUGAUAAACGCAAGUAUUUUUUAAAAAUUUUUUUUUAAUUUUAAAAUUUUAGAAAACGCAAGUACUUUGUUUCCAAACAAAUUUUGUGAAAAAUAUAGUAAAAUAUGCUAAUCAAUGACGUUUUAGGACGUAAUGUCACAAUCUAAGUUCAAUCUCUUCCACUGGCACAUAGCGGAUUCAGAGUCCUUCCCCUACCAGUCACUUCAAUACCCUAACCUCCCUUUAUAUGGAGCCUAUGGACCUAAAGCUAUUUAUACGAAACAAGAUAUGAAAAGAAUCAUUACGUACGCUAAUAUACGUGGCAUUCGAGUUGUCCCGGAGUUUGACACACCUGGUAAGAUUACUUUUGGCUUAAAAUCUAGGUUACGAUAAAAGCCUCACUAGUCAAGGUAUGGUAAAGUCUUCAGGGUAUGAUAAAGGAUAAGAUACGGUAGAAUGAAUUUUAAAUUUGCCUGAAAUUGGAUAGAUUUUACCGUAAAGGCUUUAAUCCUGAUUUUUCGAAAAAUUUGGUCGAUAUUUUGAAGAAGCGACAAGUUAUACGAUGGAAGCUUUCUAUCUUAAAACAUGUCACUGUGAACCUAAAAUAUAAUGAAAUUGGAAACAAAAUAUGUUUUUUGGGUCCGUCGGGAUUAGAAAUGACAUUUUAUAUCAUGGUUUUUAAAUUUGUGUAUAAGUGACAAGUUAUACGAUGGAAACGUUACGUUAUAUAACACGUCUCCUUUUGCUAUUUAUAAACUGUAUUUAUUAAAUAUAAACUGUUACUAGUCAAAAUACAAUAUUUUUGAUGACACCAAACUCAGAAAAAUGUUAUUAUUAAAUAAGUAAAUGUUUAACUGUUUUUACUUAUAAAAAAUUUUUUGUUACAAAAAGCUACCUGAUAUUAUUCUAGGUCACAUGGGAUCAUGGAGAGGCCAACCCGGUCUGUUGGCUGUUUGUUCUGUCAAGUCGAACAUUCUAGACCCAAGUAAAGAAGAGAAUUACCGAUUUUUGAAAGGAUUCUUCAAAGAAGUUAUUCAAUUGUUCCCAGACGAAUACCUACAUCUAGGUGGAGAUGAAGUCAGUUCCUAUGCUCAAUGUUGGUAUGUCAGGGUCUAAUAGUUAUUGCUAAGAUUAAGAAUGGUAAAAUAUGGGUCAUAAAUUAUUUUUGUUAAGUUUUUUGAUUUUGGAUGUGUUUUUAAAGCAUUGACAGUUUUUAAAUGCGCAGCCUGCAGAAAUUCCUAAAUUUAUGGGCGCAGUCUGGUUUUUUGUUGUAAAAUACGACAGUUUUUAAUAAUGAUGAUAAUAUUGGCGUAAAUAACAAAAAAGUUGAGCAAUUUUGUAAAAAUUAUCAAAAUUUUUGAAAAAAUUUAAAAUGCGGUUAGGGCGCAGCUUGAGAAACGCAAAUGCCAAAAUUUUUAAAUUCAAAUAUUAAAAAUAAAUAAAACGAUGUAAAAUCUAAAUUUCUUUAGGGAAAAAAAUGUCAAUAUACAAAAAUGGGCCAAAGACAACAAUUUAUUGACCACAAAGGACAUUGAGCGAUAUUAUCUACAACGAUUACUAGGCAUCAUCAAUGAUAUCAGCACGGAAUUGAAUAUAAAGCGAACCGUUUUGGUAUGGGAAGAGGCUGUUUUUAUGUUCAAAACGGUAAUUAUUAUGAUAUUGAUGUGCUAGGUUUAGAUUUUUAGUGAAAAGUGAAGUUUUCGAAUUUUAAGGUUUUCGUGGUGGGACCCAAUUUUUGAGGAUAUUUAAAACUAUUGGUUAUUAAUAAUUAUUUUGUAGUAUAUUUUAGCUUUUUUAGUACUAUAUAGAUUUAAAAUUGCUGUUUAAAAAUCCAAAAAUAUGGAUUUGAAAGUUUUCGUGGUGGGACACAAGUUUAUUGGAAAAACGGAGGCAAUAACAACCAAAUAAAAGAAGGUAUUGUAAAAUAUGAAGUAAUAUAGUUUUCUAUAACAUCAAAAUCUAAAACUUACUUCCAGAAACUACCAAACGUCAUAGCAGUACCAUGGUACCACUACGCGUCGAUGAAAACCACCACCCAACUGGGGUAUCAGUCCAUCAACGCCGCCUGUUACUACAUCAACUAUGUCACUCGACCGGGUGCGGAUUGGCGCCAAACUGGUAAAGGCCCAGAAUACGGUAACUUUUAUAAUUGUCACCCGGCUGACUACGUCUUCCCUGGGACGGAAGCGCUGAAUUUGGGAGGAAUCGCGGCAAUGUGGGGCGAAUACGAAGAUAAAAACAAUUUGGAGAGUGAUUUGUGGUAAGUUUUGGGGACGGUAAUGGUUAGGGAAGGUUAGAAAAGUGACUGACAAAUUUUAAUUUUGAUGUUAUCCGUGAAAAGUCUUGCUUAACAUGAUAUAACUUUCUUCAUAUUAAGUCUGCUUACGACAUACUUUAUAUGAGUUUACUGAGCACUGCAAUACACGUUUGUGAAUACGUAUUUUACAAUUUAAACAACGUUUUACUCUGUAAACUAUCAAUUUUAUCUCCGAAUCGAAACAUUUCAGGCCACGAGCAGCGACAGUAGCGGAAAAGCUCUGGAGCCCGUACAAUAAAACCCUGGAUGCCACCAAAGCCAUUCCACGUCUACAUCGCUUCAGAUGCCGCCUGAAUUGGCGUGGUUACCGUGCCAGUCCAACCGAUGGACCGGAUUAUUGCUCAUUUUGA